AUGAAUUCAUUAAUUCAAACUGAUAUGAUAUUGAAUAAUCCAAUACCUUGGAGAGCUGCUAUUGAGCGAUUGAAAUUUCAAAAGCGAUCUUGUACAACAUUCAUUUCAAAAGAAACAAAUAAAGAAUGUUGCGUUUGCAAUUAUACUCAUUCGAAAAGUGACGUCCCACAUGCAAAUGAAGUAUGGAAUUGGGAAAUGCACACAGAACAAGAAGUUACUUAUUGUUAUGGAAUAUUACCUCAAUCAACUAGUCCUUAUUUACGAUGUGAUGUUAAAACAGACUUUGAACAGCUUUGUUUCGUAUUGCUGGGUGUAUGGGGUAUGGCUAUUCCUGGUCUUAUUAUGCGAAUGAUAGGUGAUAUAGAUACAACGCCAAAUAUUAAAAUAGAGAAAGAACUUUUACAAAGUAUUUCUGAUGCUGCUGUUGCAUCUGAUGCAUGGAUUAUUACAAAUGGAUACAAAGAAGAGAGUAUUUCGGAAUUAGUUGGUGAAGUAAUGUACAAUUGUCGAAUGAAUAAUUCUCAUAUAAACUUCAGCGCAAUUGCUGUUGGUAAAUGGGGCAGUAUUCAUAAUUGUCAUAAACUUGAUGAAAGAAAUCAUAACACGCCGUUCACAAUACAGAAAGGUCACGAACGAUACAAACUGGAAUUAAAUCAUACAGAAUAUGUAUUUUUUGAUGAUGGUACAUGUGAUUCAUUGGAUACAGGAGAAUUCGCCUCAAACUUCGCUCGGCAAAUAUCACGUGGAGCAAGACGAAGAAUACCGCUGAUUACUGGAUGUGGACCAUUGGCUGAUAUACUAUAUAAAUACUUGAAGUUAACCCAAGGUUCUUAUAAAUCAUCAAAAAGUGAUGAUCAAGAUGAAACAUUUACUGACUCUGAAGAUGAUUUAGAUAUAGCAACAAUUAAUGCAACAUUUUCAGAAGAUGAUGAUGAAACUUCGGUUUCAUCAAAUAAGAAAACGUAA